AAAGGAAAUAUUUUUAUUAAUCUCCAAAUGAAAAAUUAAGUGCGGCAAACAGGGAACAGAGCAAGGUUUAUCGAUUGAUAUCAGGAAAAUUUUAAUUCCUCACGCCGAACCUCGCAACUUAUUAUUAAGUAUUUGCCUGAAAUUGCUGUUAAUUUCGUUAUUUGAAUUUCAUCUUCUUCUGGGACAGCGAGAUAAACGAGAAAGUUGACACUUUUUCCGAAUUUUAUUUGAGGUGUCUGAAGUUGUUGAGGUAAUCAUGUCUGGACACAUUGUGGGUUCGAAUGAAAAUACUAUGAGGUCUGCUGGUGCAGAUCUGAUAUCUGCUAUAGUACCUUUGUUGAAGCUGCUCUGCCUAACAGUGAUAGGACUACUUCUUGCAAACCCAACCAUGCAAUUCAUUCCCAAAGCUACAUUUAAACUUCUUAGUAAACUUGUGUUUGCUCUGUUCUUGCCAUGCCUUAUAUUUACCGAGCUUGGUGAAAGCAUCACUCUUGAAAACUUUGUGGAUUGGUGGUUUAUCCCUGUUAAUGUGGUAGUGAGUACAGCUCUUGGUUGCUUGCUUGGGUUCUUAGUGGUGAUCAUAUGUAGGCCGCCUCCAGAGUUAACUAGAUUUACCAUUAUAAUGACAGGAUUUGGUAACACUGGGAAUCUCCUCCUUGCUGUGGUUGGAUCUGUUUGCCAUACCAAAGACAAUCCAUUUGGGAAGCAUUGCAACACAAGAGGGGUGGCAUAUGUCUCCUUAUCUCAAUGGGUUUCUGUUAUCCUUGUAUACACUCUUGUUUAUCACAUGAUGGAACCUCCUAUGGAGUAUUAUGAGAUUGUUGAGGAAGGGGCUGAAAUUGAGGAAGAAAGCACGCUUAAUGAUAUCAGUAGACCACUCCUUGUAGAGGCUGAGUGGCCUGGCAUAGAGGAUAAAGAGACUGAACAUUCUAAGACACCUUUUAUUGCCAGGAUCUUUCAGAGCAUCUCAGGUAUUUCCUCAUCCACUAUUCCUGAGCUUGAAGUGACAGCAGAAAGUGGCGGUAACAGUCCCAAGUCCAUUAGAUGUUUGGCUGAACCUAGAGUUGUAAGGAGGAUCAGAAUUGUCGCUGAACAAACUCCAAUUCAGCACAUACUUCAACCCCCAACAAUUGCCUCUCUAUUAGCUAUCAUCAUUGGCACAGUGCCUCAGCUGAAAGCUUUGUUCUUUGGAUAUGAUGCUCCAUUAUCUUUCAUUACAGACAGUUUGGAGAUUUUAGCUGGGGCUAUGGUACCUUCUGUAAUGCUUAUAUUGGGGGGUAUGCUUGCUGAAGGACCAAAUGAGUCUAAACUUGGCCUUAGAACUACAAUUGGUAUUACUGUGGCGAGACUCCUAGUGCUUCCUGUCCUUGGUAUUGGGAUUGUAGCAUUGUCCGACAAGCUAAAUUUCUUGGUUGAGAAUGAUGCUAUGUUUAGAUUUGUGCUUUUGUUACAGUACACCACACCAAGUGCUAUUUUACUGGGAGCAAUUGCCAGCCUGAGGGGUUAUGCAGUUAGUGAAGCUUCAGCCCUUCUCUUUUGGCAGCAUGUGUUUGCCCUUUUCUCAUUUUCCCUGUACAUUGUAAUUUACUUCAGAAUAAUUACGUAUGUCUGAAGUUGCGGCAUAUUUUACCGCCUUGACGUUGUGUUGGUAAGAAGAUUGUUGCCAUUGUAUUGUUCUCUCGACUGUGUGCUAUGAUUGGGGUAGAAUUGUUUCUUAUGUUGUUUGUUAACUAUAUUGGUUUCAUACUGAUGAAGGAUGCAAAUAAAUGUUCUUCCUAUGAUUUUGAGCUGGGUUUUCCAAGUGAACUAUGGUCCAGUUUGGUGUUUGAUGAAGGAUGCAAAUAAAUUUGAAUCCUAUAAGUACUUAUUGAGAGUAUUUAAUAGAACCAGUAUGUGUACUCUCUACACUUUUGGGCUCAAGUUGGCGUUCUGAAGUUUCCUUUUGACUAUUACGCGAAUUGAAGUGUGAACCUGCCUGCCAACUUUUUCUUCUUCACAAAUUCUGUAAAAUGAUGGUUUAUCAUGGUUGUGUUUCACAAGCUUAUUAUUUUACUAGGAAAUUAUAUU